GCAGCUGACUAAACCCAUCUGACACAGGGAGACAGACUUAUGGCUGGGGCAGCAUCCGGUGCCUGCACAGCCUCUCCGCUGGACAGUGGCCGAGCCAGAGCCAUUGCGUGGUGGCUUUUGUCCUGUCCUUGUUGGCAGGCUCCUCCCGCAGCACAGGCGGAGGCAGGAAAUCCCGGGCAGCUGCCGUGGGGAACCCGCUCCCCUCUCCUCUUUUCGCCGGGCCGCCGAGGCGAGCAGAGCAGAGCCAGCCCUGCGUGUGGUGUGUGCGUGGUGUGUGUGUGUUUGUGUGUGUGUGUUUGUGUGUGUGUGGUGUGUGUGCGUGUGUGUGUGGGCGGGGGGGCUGCCGCAUGGAUUUCGCGAAGGCUGGGAGGGAACACAUGGGUUGGGUUUUUUUUUUCUUGGCCCGCGGUGGCUUCCCGUCCUGCCGGCCGUGGUUAUGGAUUCGAUCAUUAUCCAGGAGCGGUUAGUGGAGCGGCUGCUUUCUCCCAGGACUCAGGCACAGCGAAGCCACCCAGCCAAGCUGAAGGACCAUGAGAAGCAGUACGUGGGCUUUGCCACUCUGCCAAACCAGGUCCACCGGAAAUCAGUGAAGAAGGGUUUCGACUUCACCCUGAUGGUAGCAGGAGAGUCGGGUCUGGGCAAAUCCACGCUGGUGAAUAGCCUGUUCCUGACAGACCUCUACAAAGACAGAAAGCUCCUCAAUGCAGAGGAGAGAAUCAACCAGACAGUGGAGAUUGUGAAGCACACGGUGGACAUAGAGGAGAAGGGUGUCAAGCUGAAGCUGACCAUAGUGGACACACCAGGCUUUGGAGAUGCUGUUAACAACACUGAGUGCUGGAAGCCCAUCACUGACUACAUCGACCAGCAGUUUGAGCAGUAUUUCCGUGAUGAGAGCGGCCUGAACCGUAAGAACAUCCAGGACAACCGAGUGCAUUGCUGCCUCUACUUCAUCUCACCCUUCGGUCACGGACUGAGGCCUGUGGAUGUGGAGUUCAUGAAGGCUCUGCACGAGAAGGUCAACAUUGUACCGUUGAUUGCCAAAGCUGACUGCCUGAUCCCCUCUGAGAUCCGGAAACUAAAAGAGAGGAUCCGGGAAGAGAUUGACAAAUUUGGCAUUAAAGUGUAUCAGUUUCCUGAGUGUGACUCUGAUGAGGAUGAGGAGUUCAAGCAGCAAGACAGAGAGCUAAAGGAGAGUGCUCCCUUUGCUGUCAUCGGCAGUAACACUGUGGUGGAGGCCAAAGGCCAGCGAGUCCGUGGACGGCUCUACCCCUGGGGCAUUGUAGAAGUGGAAAACCAGGCACACUGUGACUUUGUGAAGCUGCGGAACAUGCUGAUCCGGACACACAUGCAUGACCUGAAGGAUGUCACCUGUGAUGUCCACUAUGAGAACUACAGAGCUCAGUGCAUCCAGCAAAUGACCAGCAAACUGACUCAGGACAACAGGAUAGAAAGCCCAAUUCCUAUCCUGCCUCUCCCAACACCAGACACUGAGACAGAGAAGCUGAUCAAAAUGAAGGAUGAGGAGUUACGGCGGAUGCAAGAGAUGCUGCAGAAGAUGCAGCAGCAGAUGCAGGAUCAAUGAGAGGCAGGUACUUGGAGGGCAGAGGGAAUUCCCUGGUGACCAUCUGAGGCCUGGCAAGAGCUGUGGAUGUUUAGAAAAGGUUUCCUGUUGUAUAGAGACUUGUGGGCAAGAGCUGUACCCGCACCCUCUAAUUUAUUAUCAGCAGUGCUGGCUUUGUGGUCAGCUGGAUUGUGGAGGAGGCUGUUCACUUAACAGUUUACUGAUGUGUAUUUCUUUUUUAAUAAUUAUUCUUUCUUUUUUCUUUCUCUAUUUUUUUUAAAGAAAAUAACCUGGGAAGUCUCUAAGGCAUUGAAAAAAAAAAUAUCCCUUUCCCAUGUACUAAUCUUUUGUUUGGGAAUGCUCUGUUAUUUAAAGUCCUGGUUUCUCUGGUGUACAAACUUGAAGACUAUCUGUGUCAAUGCACGUAAAUGUUUACUCCCAACUGAGGUGCUGUGCCCCUCACCACAUUCCCUUUGUCUGGGGCCAGCACAAGCAUUGUAAAGGCAGUCAGAUCCUCCUGUGAGUUUGACCUGUGCUGCUCAGGCUUCUCAGCCUGGGACCAGCCUGAGCCCUAAGAGCUGGGGCUGAGAGUUUCUCUGUGCACUGACCUGCUCAGGGGUCCUGAUGGUUGUUUGGUUUCCUGCUUGGAUUUUUCUGAGGUUUUCUUGUUCAGUUGGUUAGUUUUGUUUUUUUUAUCAAGAAACUCCAGUAUCUUUGCAAUGAGUAGCACCUUUCCAGCCAUGGUUUCCUUCCAUGGCAGGCCAGAGGUGUUUGUAGAGGAACCCCAGUGCCCUGCAGAUGAGUGAGGGUAUCUUAUGGUUAAGUUGCGGUCAUCCAGCUGCAGGAUGUCUCCAGCAUCUGCUCUGGAAAGCAAUGUGGCAGCCAGAGUGCUUGGCUGGGACUACUUUAGAGGGGGUUAAAACCCUAGGGCUGAAAUCCAACCUCAAAGACAGAGAUGUGCCCUACUUCCAGGCUUGGAGGUCCCACAGGCACAUUGCUGACUUUGCCUCUUUCCCCAGGAGAAGUUGUUUAGAUAGGCUUGUACCAGAGACCUGCAAGCCACCUUUCCAGGCAGGUGUUUGGUCAGUGUGGCAGGUGCAGGAGUGUCACUGCAUGGGGUGACACAGGAGGUGUCCCAGCCCAGCCAACUUGGCUCUUGCUUCCCUGCCCUUUCCCUUCUCCCCCUCCCUGAUCUGAGGCUCUUCCUGUGGCAGUGGUGGGAAGGCUGGUGGAACUGCUGGGCAGAGAUAAGAGCACUCUUUGGGUAACAGCUUCUGUCCUGUUCUUGCUUCCUGGGUAUUUUUAACUUUAGUCCAGACAGAGCAGAGCCUGGAAUGUGAUGUGCCUGACCAGACAGGCCUCAGCAGCAACACUGCCGUGUUCACAGGGAAUCAGGGCUAUGGGAGGGAGAGACACUUGGCUCUUUCCUCCAGCUCCAGAGUGCUGCCAUGGGCUGGGCCCUUCUGCUCCUCUGGCUCCCUUGUUGUUAUGUUCCCUUUCCCCUUUUAUAUCUGCUUCUCCAUCUCUGACUCUCCCUGGGUUGGAAGCACAGUGUUGGCCAGGAAUAGCCAGGCCCUAAAUUCUGUAGUUAGAUGCUGUGUUUGUCUGACUCCCCCAUGGGGCUUUAGAGUCCUGAUCAGGGCUUGUCUGGUAGUGAGUAGUUUGGCUGGUUCCAGUUAUUCACUGUACAGAGCCUCUGCUUAGCCAGAACAUGGGCUGUAGGGGCAGGGCUGUGGAAGGAUGAAAUGAAAUGGAAACCUCUUGGCAUGAAUGUGCAAGCUGGGCAGUGGCACUGGCCAACAAUGUUUGGGGUUUUUCUUUCAUUCUUCCCUAUAUUGGGCUCAUAAGUGACAUGGCAGUUGUGGCAGGCCUAGGGCAGGGGAAGUGUUCAGUUUGUCUUCAAUAACAUGCAGGACCAAGCCACUUAAGGAGGAAACACAACCUCUAUUUGUGUGAUGUGGUUUCUUGAGCAGUGGAGUAGCCUGAAACAAGAGCUUCCUCUAGGUUUUUUUGGAGCUGGUUUGUUGCUGUCAGAAGCAGGAGAACUGCUGAAUUCUCAGCUUUAUCUGUGCAAACCUAAUGGGAAACACCUUGCAGUACCUGUCUCCUCUUUUGUUACAGUAGCUUUGUAUGUGAGGAUAGUGUUCAGUUGCAAAUGAGCCUUGUUCAGCUGGAGAUGAUCCUCUUGCAAAUAGAUUCAUUCCUAGAAGAUAAAGGCGACCUUUACUCUUCAGCAUGGACAUAAAAGAGCUGAUAGCUUUUUUCCUGGGCUAUGUGUGGAAGUUCUUGGUGCUGGUGAGAGCAGAGGGUACAGUAGCCACUGGCAGUCAGAAUUGCUGAGGGUGAAUCUGCCCCUGUCCCUCCGGGUGAGGGGGGUUCAGUGCACAUGGCUCCUCUGUCAAGUCAGUAGUCACAAAUCUGUCCUAUACAGAGAGCUGAAGAAGCUUUCAGCUACCAGCUAGCAAAGAUGGUUCAAGUUGCACUUAGAAAAAAUGCACAGGAGUGAGGCACCAGAGGGGGCAGUGGUGCCAUUCAAAUCAGGUCUCCCUCAGGUAGGAGGUUCCGAGCCCAAAGCACCACAGCUUGAAUGCUGCCUGGAUUGUAGAUCAAUCCCUUGAUUGUAGACUGGCUUUGGAGAGCACCAGGGAUUCAGACUCCAUCCUGGAAAGUGGCAUCUGUUUAAUAAACAAGGAAUGUUUGGUACUUCUGCAUUGAGCUGCCCGGUAAGCAGAGAAGAGUCUCCUGAAAAAAUGUAGGUGGCCACUUGGCUCUGUCAGUGAGAACUCUGGAUAGGAAAGUGACUUAACACCUCCCCUCACCAAACCCUCCACAGCUUCAUAUGGACCUCUGCACCACCCAGGCACAUUCCCACACCUCUGCCAAGCUUUGCCUUGCUGACUGAGUCCCUGCAGGAGUGGUGUCCCACUCGGCAGAGCUGUCCCAGCUACAUCUUGGACCUUGUGCCUGACUGGGGAGGGAGCCAUGGCAUGAACUCCUUAUGUGCUGCUGCUGUGCUGGUCCUGCCUGUGCAGUCCUUGCUGCCUCCCUGCAUGCCACCCUGCCGAGGAGGGGUCCCACUCUUGGUGCUCUGUGCUGGCAUUCCCUGCUCCUCCUCACAAACCCUGCUGUUCUUUAACGCUGGCUUGCUCCUGCCAUGCAACUUCCUCACCCCCUGCUCCAUUCCUAGGCUUUUUGUUUCUUGUCCAUCUGUUGGGUUAUUAUAAUAUAUAUAUUUUUUGUAAAUUUCUGUUUGAACAUUUUGUCAUUGUGAACAAAGAAAAAUGAAACCUUUUAAAACAUAUCCAUUUUAUUAAAUGAUUAUUGUUAUUAUUAUUAAUAAUGUUUACUACCUGAAUUGAUCAGUGAAAUAAAUACGUUCAAAACCCCAA